AUGCGCACGCAGCGUGCUGCGAUGGAUGCGUGUAUCAAGGCCAGUCUUUGGCAGAAAGCUCUCAGUUUGCACCUGGAAUCUGAUGACCAGUCCUCUGCACUGGUUGCGCGCGCGCUGGCCCGCGGGGUGCAGUGGCAGUCGGCCAUUGGCCUCUUGACCAGGGCGCCUGCCUCGAAGCUGUUGACGGAUGUUCUUGGCGCCCUUGCACGAGCUGGUCAGUGGCAGCACGCGUGUGCCCUCCUCUUCUCGGCGCGUGCAAUGUCGGCGACGCGGGAACUGGGGAAAGCUGUGAGCUUGGUGACGUCGGCUUGUGGAGAGGCCUCCAGGUGGGAAACGGCAUUGGCCGUUCUGAGCUGCAGCAGUCAGAUCCGCGUGAUUCCAGACAGGCUCAACUUCAACGCCGGGAUGAGCGCCUGCGCGCGGGGCGCUCAAUGGCACCAGGCCCUGCAGCUGCUUUGGGACUUGGAUCGGCGCAUGGGGCCGGAUGUGGCCAGCUUCAGCAUCGCCAUUACUGCCUGUGAGAAAGGAGGACGGAUGGAAGAUGCCGCGCAGCUCAUGGGCAGCAUGUCUCGAAGAACUUUGGCCUUGGAUGCUGUCGGCUUUGGCGCUUGCAUCAGUGCAUGCGAGAAGUCAUCCAGGUGGGACCAGGCCUUACAAAUCCUACAUGCUGCUCUGAGUGCGGGCCAUGCUGACUUUGUGAGCUACAACACAGCCAUGAGCUCGUGUGAAAAAGCCUCUUGCUGGGAGCACGCUGUGGAUUUGUUGAGCCAAGCUGUCCCUGGCCCCGUGGGCCCUGUGGGCUAUGGCUCGGUGCUGUCCAGCCUGCGGCUCUGCGGCGCCUGGCGCCGCGCGUUGGAACUGGCGGCCAAAGGCCGGGGGGCGCUGGACGCGGUGUGCCUGGAGCAGGCCAUCCUCUGCCUGGAGGCCACCGGCCAGCCUCAGAGCCCGCAGCUGCUGCGGCAAAUGCUGAAGCGCCUCUCGCAGCAGCUGGCAAUCGCUGCCAGGCCGGGCGGUCUGCGCGCUUAUGCCGCCUCCACCGGCGCCUUAGAGCUGUGCCGAAGCUUCGGCCUGCGGGCGGAGUUCGGGGCUUUCGCCGCGCGGGCGAAAGCGAAGGCGACGGAAGGCUCUGCCCUGUGUGAUUUGGGUAGAUUCUGCACCCGGGACGCUCUGAACGAGCAGCGCUGUUCGGAGAAGUUCGGCUUGCCGAAGUUUGCGGCGGGCUUCGAGGCAGUUCCUCUUCAAGCCACCGCCAGAGAAGCCCAAGCCACGUAUUGCUGCGAAGGCAUUCAGGACGUGCGCGUGGUUGAAGGCAUUUUCCUGCAGCUGGCCGCAGGUGUCGUCCAGCAAGGCCUGUGCAAGGUGAGGUACGAGGGGUCGACUUGCAAGUUAUGCCCGUCACAGAAUCUGCUCUGUGGCGCCAGCGAUUGCUAUCGCAGCGCGAUGAACAUCACGUGGCGCGAGGAAGCCCUCACGUCGUCCGAUUCCUACUACGAGGCAUUGGCUGGUGCAGUGCUGGACAAGGCCUGCUUGGACGUGAUCAAACAAGCAACAAGCCCGGUGGAUGCAAUCAUUCACAUGAGCACCGCCGCUGCUGAUACUUCAACGGCGGUGGGUCAGGAUUGCAAGACCUUCCACUGCCGGGUUUUGCAAAAUGCAUUGUACCUUCAGUCGGACCUUGAGAACAAGGGAGACAACUGCACAGAUACAUAUGGAGCAAAGAGCUCUUCAUCUUUGUCGUGUCCGUGUGAGACUCUCUUGUCUGACAUUGGCACCGAGGCCAAAUCGGCUAUAGACAGCAUUUGCGGUGUAAACCUUCUGCUGAAUGGAUGCUCAUACUAUGAAGCCACUCCGAGCUACUGCAAUACGACAGGACGGAGGCUGGACAGUUUGGAUGAGCUUCCUUGCGGCCAUGAGGCCGACGUGACACCGCGAAUGCUUCAGGCGACAUCCAACGAUGCACCUGCGUGGACAGUUGGGCAGUGGUCCUCAUGCCAAUGCUAUGACCAGUGCAUGCCUGGGAUGAUGACCCGAAUAGUCACAUGCGGAGGGACCACAUGCAGGGGGGAGAUGCCGGCGAGGCGGCAAGCAUGUACGUGCGAUCAUUGCGCCUUCUGCGACGCCGCCUUCAUCAUGCAGGUUUUGAUGAUUGUUCAGUUCGUCCAGGCUGGUAUCGCCUUUGUGCUCUCCCCUUCCAUGGCAUACUUCGGAUCUCUUCCAGAGGAGAGUCUGAUCAAGCUGGGUAUUUGGAAGAGCUUGGCCGGCAUUUUUUGCCGAAUGCUGCCGGUCCUGGAGCUCCUGGGAGAUUUCGCCUCCCUGCUGGGUGUGCUGUGGCUGGUGACGAUCACAUUCGUGCCGCCCAUCUUCCAGUUAGAGUUCAUGAAGGACUGUUUCCCAAACCCUGUGCUGAGAGCCGCCACCUUGGUGCCGUUGAUCCUUUGCCUGGUGCGGCUGGUGCUGGGUCGAUGUGCGCGGAGGUACACGAGGGUUCCACCGCAGCUGUACACGCCUUCCGGAAAGCUGCCUCCUGGGCUGCGGCACUUGUGGAUGAUGAUCCGGUGCCUCGGCCCGGACAACGCUCUCAACAUCGAGCACUUCAUUUCUGACAAGCGCUCGGGCCUAGACUUUGGUGUUGUCACGCCCAGAAAGUCGGAUAGCGACAAGCUCGCCACAAAUAGACUCGUGAAGGACCAGAGAAUUUUCUCCAAUGGCAACUCGUACGUAGGAACCUGGCUGAGUGGCCGAAUGCACGGGGAGGGCCACUACAUUUGGAGCGAUGGCAGCGAGUUCUUCGGCGAGUUCCACGAGGGCUACAUGUGGGGCAACGGGAAGAAGACGUGGCCCACUGGCCGCACAUACGACGGAGAGUGGCGCAAGGACCAGAUGUGGGGUGAAGGUAAGAUGACGUGGCCAUCGGGCGAGGAAUACAUCGGUAGCUUGAAGAAGGGCGUGUUCCACGGCAAGGGCACGCGCACCUGGCCCAACGGCGACCGCUACGCGGGGAGCUUCAAGCAUGGCAUGCAAGAGGGCGAGGGAACCUUCGAGAGCGCAGAAGAGGGCUGGGUGUACAGCGGGCAAUGGCUUCAGAACCGAAUGAACGGAAGAGGGAAGGUGAAGUGGCCGAAUGGCAUCGAAUACGACGGAGACUGGAAGGAUGGAAUUCGGGAAGGAAAGGGAAAGCUGACCUGGGCAGACGGAUCCUGCUACAAAGGCGAGUUCCAGCAUAACUGCAUAGAGGGCAAGGGCAAGAAGACCCUGCCUGAUGGAUCAUGGUUUGAGGGUCAGUUCCAUGACAGUGAGCUGGAGGGUCGUGGUACCUUCCACUGGCCGGACGGUACCGAGUUCGAGGGCCUCUGGCACAACAGUGAGAUUGUGGGUCCCGGCUGCCACAGAUUCCCGAAUGGCACCAUGAUCACUGGUGUAUUCGAAAACCAUGGUGCUACUGGAGAGGGCACGAAGAAGUGGGCCAACGGUUCUGUGUACACAGGCACUCUGCUGAACAACAGCAUCCACAAGUACGGAGUCUUCCAGUGGCCAGACGGGCGGCGCUACAUAGGCCAGUUCCAGGACGAGAUGAUGCAUGGCGAGGGCAUGCUUUGCUGGUCCGACGAUUUCGGAGUUUGCCGCUACAAGGGCACCUUCGAGCACAACGUUUUCCAAGGUCAUGGUGUUGUGGAGUGGUCCGUCAAGGCUCGCUACGUGGGUGAGUUCUUCAACGGGCUUUACCAUGGCGAGGGCACCUUCGAAUGGCCGGACAAGGCGAACGUCUAUCGUGGGCAAUGGCAGUUCGGCGAGAUGAGCGGGAAGGGAACCCUCACCACGAGCUGCGGCUCGAUUUACUCCGGCGAGUUCCAUGCGGGAAACCUGGAGGGACGGGGGACCAUCACAUUCAUCACCAACGAUCAGUACACCGGUGAGUUCAAGGAGUCCAUGUUCAACGGCUUGGGCUGCUACACGUGGUCAUCUGGGGUGACGCUCACCGGCGUCUUUGAGAACAACCUUUGCAGCAAGGUUGGCAAGAAGACCUACACCAACGGUCUCGUCUAUGUCGGAGAGUUCUUCGAAGACCAGGAGCACGGUCGCGGCGUGUUGACCGACGCCUUUGGCACUCGAGUGGUGGGAGUUUGGAACAGCGGCAAGCUUGAGGAGGAGCUCAUCGAAAUGCUCGUCUCCGCUCCAGAGGUGGACCCCCGUGGCCCACCAGAGCAGCGGGUCUUCGUAGCAUCUCGUCGGCCCGACGCCCUGACGCAGACGCUUCCAGAAGCAGUCAGCAGCAGCGGCAGCGACUGCAAGUCCAUUGUGCUCUUCACCAACGGGGAUAAGUACGUGGGUGGCUUGCGCAACGGCCAGAAGGAUGGCGAGGGCAUGUACGUCUACGUGGAUGGCUCCGCAUACAAGGGCACUUGGGCAGCUGAUGCUCUUGCGGGUGAAGAGGUUCACCCACAAGCGGAGGCUGAGUCUGAGCAGACUCGCCGGUUGCACGAGCUCAACACCAAGAACGCGCAGGCGGUGCUUGGCAUGAAAGCCAAGCUCCCCGGGGAGAGGAAGCAGGUGCCGCCGGUGGCUAGGAUUCAGGAUUGA